UGGUGCGUGUAACAACUCGUUCUCAGUGAUUGUCAGUGUGCCAUGAACCGUUUCUGUAGUUCAUUUGGUGGAAGCCAGUUUCGAUUCGUUUUAUCAUUUCCGUACCAAAACCAUUCAGAUAAUUAAGCACGCUGCAAUAGCUAGUUCUACUUCUCGUUGGAGGAUUGACUUUCAACGAAAUACUUGAGCGAUGAUAUAAAACCGGAACGUUUUCAAGGGCACUGAGGACAGGCAGGGUUUGUUGUGCUAUCAGUUAACGGAUGCACACGUUAUAACUGCCAACAGUGGUGAUAUAUAACUGACCAAUACAUCGAUUGCUGUUCCAUGUUCUAUUCUGUAACCUGCCAAGUGUGACUGCUGGUUGUGGCUGAGUUUUUAGAAACAUUAGCAGCGGUCUUCCAUUGAUUGAGAAACCCGCCUGUUCGUUGGUUCCAACUGUUUGAGUGUUCACCAUGGCAGCUCGUCAGAUGUCUGUAUCGUCGGAAAAUGCCGAACAGGAAAUGGAUUAUUUACGUUUUGGCUAUUCGUACGAAGACAUCCAGAACAUGGCACAGAAUAUCUUAAAGCGGACCAAACACAAGCCACUCCUGGGCAUCAUCUGUGGGUCAGGACUCGGAGGUCUUGCCGACCUUGUCGAUCAGCCGGACAUCAUCCCGUACUCGACCAUACCAGACUUCCCAGUCAGUACAGUUCCUGGUCAUGUUGGUAAACUAGUAUUCGGUUUAUUAAAAGGAAAGCCUGUUGUUUUGAUGAGAGGGAGAUUUCAUUAUUACGAAGGAUAUCCCAUGUGGAAGGUUGCCAUGCCAGUGCGUGUGAUGAAAGCGAUGGGCAUCACGACGUUGAUAGUGACGAACGCCGCCGGUGGCAUCAACUCCACCUUCAACAGAGGCGACAUCAUGAUCAUCAAGGACCACAUCGACCUGCCGGGUUUGACUGGAGAGUGUGUGCUCAUCGGCAAGAACGACACCAGGUUUGGGCCUCGUUUCCCCGCCACAGUGGAUAUCUACGACAAAGAACUACGUGACGUGGCAAAGCAGGUGGCGACCGAGCUGGGCUACGGUCACAUUCUGAGGGAGGGCACGUACGUCAUGAUAGGCGGGCCCACGUUUGAAACUGUCGCCGAGGGGAAACUUCUCAAGAUGUUCGGGGCCGAUGCAGUGGGAAUGAGUACUGUCCCGGAAGCUGUGGUUGCUAAGCACACUGGAAUCAAAACAUUCGGAAUCUCACUGAUCACGGACCUGUUGGCCAUGGAGUAUGACCAGGCUACAGUCACCACGCACGAAGAUGUGCUGGCCAUCGGGCAGCAGAGAGCAGAUGACUUGCAAAAACUGAUAUCCGCGUUCGUGGAGCGAAUUCCACUUUGACCAAUAGCAACAGGGUGCUAGUUCAUACCGUAUAGAAUUAUUUCAUUGUUAACAGUGGCGUAUAUUCGUAUGUUUGAGUUAUUGGGUGGGUCUGACGACGGUAUCACGAGAUAUUCGAGGGGAGUUAAUGAGUCCAGGUAGAGAACAAGUUAACUCCCCUCAAAAUAUGGAGUGAGACCCGAGCCCAUCCAACAAUGAAUGUGUUACAUACAUAACUGACAGCUUAUGUGUCAUGUGCAUAAUCAUGACAGCUAGUCUUUUGACGUUUAAAGUGAUAGCCCGUGUAUGUCGCAUAAAAUAAUGUUCUGUAGGUUUAUAAAUAAUUUAUUUAAUUUAUUCUUAAAUUAUAUUUGUUUUCGUUAUCUUUUACGGGAGGAGCUACAAGUUACACCUAAAAAUAAUGUGAGUUUUAAAUUUAAAUAUACGUUUUUAAAGAAUAGUUUUAUAAAAAUGUGUUAAGUGUAUUUAUGGGGGGGGGGGGGGGGUAUUGUUACAUAUCUGUAGUUCUAGUUCCAUUAAUAUGUAUAUUUCACACCAGGACAAUUAGACUAGAUAAAGGACACUGAAAGAAAACUACAAAUACAUGUACUGCACUGCAGACUUCGAUUAGUAAUAAGUGAUCUAAAUGGCCACAAAGUUACACGCUUCAUUGGAGAGAAUCCACAUUGUACCUGUGGUCAUCACGUUGAAGACUGAACGUCCUGUUAUUUUGUCCUGUGUGUAAUAGAGAGCGCCAGUCCUACUUAUCCUGGUUAAAUCAUUUAAAUUUAAAUAUCAACACAUUAAUAUAUGGCGAUCCCAACUUAACACUACAGGAAAACAGUCUCAUCUGCAAAAUAAUUCACAUAUAUACAAUAGUUUUACAUUCUUCAACACUAAAUGCAUAUCUUGUACUUUCUAAAAUGUCCAUGUUGACCAGUUAAUAGUGCAAUUGUAUAAUGUAGGGAAAGGUCUUUAUAUAGGCUAUGCCUGUUGACCGAUCUCAUUUCUUAAAAAACAGAAAUAAAUAGUGUUCAAACCAAGUGAAGCAUAUGCGUGACAGCAGGGUAUGGUUGAUUGCUCAAUCUUUGAUAGUUUUACAUCAAAUACACAAGCACGGAUCCAGGGGGACCCCCUGUUUUAACUCAUUUUAAAGUGCUUAUCCGUUAGCGCUAAACUUGUUUCUGUUUGUUCUCAUGUAUAAGUAGUUUUGGAACACACACACCCCUCCCGAUAAAUGAAUACAUGUUGGAUCUCUGGAAUAAAAACUAAAUUUAAACGUAUGUGUUUUUGUGACUGGUCCCAUUAUGAAUAACAGAAACAUAAAGCCUUUUCAGCGCUUUCGGAGUCUAACUAAACCCAACAUGAAUUUAUUUUCUGAGGGAGGGUAAUGAGGAUGAGGUGGACCCCACAUGGGGGUGGGGGGGGGGAAUAUAUUAUAAUUCGAUGUUUAAUUUUUCAUUAUUUUUAUUCUUAUUAUUGGUUUGUUACCAUGGGGAAUAUGCCAGUUUUGGGAACAUAUUAAAAUAACAGCUGUUAACUCUCACCCACAUCCCUAACACAAAUAAAACUACGGAAAUAAAAAUGUGACAUUGCCCAAGACUGGCUGUGCUAGUAUGAUUUAAUAAUUAGAAUUUUUACCUAAUAAAAACAAACUAUCUAUACACUUGCAUGUAUAGUUUAUUAGCAAUUAAUAUGCAUAAUCAGUCGGUACAAAAUAUAUUGUUAUUUGUUGAGCAUAUCUUUUAGCGAGUUUUGCAAAAUAUACUCCUCUUCCCAACCCACCAGAAAAAGUAAUUUAUGAUCGGCAUAUAAUUUUUGAAAUUGCAAUUGUAGCGAGAUAGAUGUCUAUUAUUGUUCAAUUUAUGAUACUGAUAAUGUGUGGUGUUUUGGAACAUGCACAGUUAUUUGUGUAUGAUAUAUGAUUGAUAUUGUUUAAAUAAGUCGACAUACAAUUGGAAAGAUGAUUAAUGAAAACACAACAACCUUAAGUUGCAUAAUUAUUUGCGAGGAGCAUAUUUUGCAAUAAUUAUUUUAUACAUUUAUAUUUUAUUUUGUUUAUAUGUUAUGUUUUACGAUCAUUAGGCAUACAUAUAUGUUGUAAAUGUCUUGACUAUUAAACAAUUCUAUU